AUGACAAUUAAAGAGAUUUAUAUUGCUAGACAUGGUUAUAGAUCAAAUUGGUUACCACCACCUCAUCCUCCAAAUCCAACUGGUAUAGAUUCAGAUCCACCAUUAGCACCACAUGGAGUUGAACAAGCAAAACAAUUAGCAGCUUACUUAACAUCAUUACCAACAAUUGACCAACCACAAUUUAUUAUUACAUCACCAUUUUAUAGAUGUGUUGAAACAGCACAGCCAAUAGCUAAAUUACUAGAUUUAAAAAUUGGAUUAGAAAGAGGUAUUGGUGAAUGGUUUAAAAAAGAUAGAAAAAUUAUACCAGAACCUGCAAAUUAUACUGAUUUAAAAAGAUUUUUCAAUGAUGUUUUGGUAGAUGAAAAACUUUGGCCAAGAGAUCAAUUAGGAGUUAUACCAAAUCCUAAAGGUGAAACAAAUAUUGAAAUUUUAGAAAGAGCUAAUUUAUUUUGGCAAAAAUUUAUACCAUUUUUUGAAAAAAAUUAUCCAGAAAUUGAAAAUAUUUUAUUAAUUACUCACGCAGCUACAAAGAUUGCUUUGGGUAGUUCUUUAUUGAACUUAGAAUCAGUUACUUCACCAUAUGAUGAAGAAAAUACAAUGUUAAGAGCUGGUGCAUGCUCACUUUCAAAAUAUAUCCGUGAUAAUUUAAAUGAUGAUUUUUCAUGGAAAUUAGUAAUGAAUGGUAAUUGUGAGUUUUUAACUAAAGGUGAAGAAAUGAAUUGGGAUUUCACAAUUAAUGUUGAAGCAGGAUCAGCUGAAGAUAUUUUAAGAAGAAAAAAAGAAGCACAACUCAAGUCUAAUGAAGAAAAUGAAGGAAAUGACAAUUUGGAAAAUUCAGAAUCAAAAUCACAAACUGAAAUUCCGGUUACGAACAUAGCUACGGGAACUGAUAUAGCCGGGACGAAGGAUGAUGAAUACGAGACUUUUUACGUUACUUUAGAUUUACCAAAUAAUAUAAAGAAAAUUGAAGAAGAUGAAGGAGUCAACAAAAAUUCAAGAUAUAAAAAACUACAAAGACAUUUUAAUAUCCUAAAACCAUCGGCAAAAUUACAAAUAUCUGAUAUAACAGCGGAACAUCCACUAAUAAAAAUAUCUAAUAACAAAAGCAUAAAUGAACCUGAUUUAAUUUCAAAAACCAAUAAAAUUGGUAACUCAUCCAACAAUAAUCAUCAUAAUCUUAUUGACUACUCAGCAUUGUUAAAUGAAAAAAUUAUGGAAACUAAAUGGAACAAAUUAAUUGGUUCGGAAUUAUUAUUUGAUGAAUAUGGAGAAUUAAUUGGACAAGUUAAAGAACAUUUAACUUGCGUAAAUAAAGUAAUUUUCGAAAAGAGAAAAGAAGUUGUAAAAAAUAAUGAUAAUAUGGAUAUAGAUCUUUCAAAUGACGAAGAUGAAGAUGGUUCGAAAAGUAAAUUUAAAGGUAGUACAUUUUGGAAACAAAGUAUAAGAAAUGCUCAAGACUAG